AUGUCGUUGUGUUGUUCAUCAACCCAACAAGUCAAUGGGUUCGGUCUCAGGCCUCAAAGGUCGCUCCUUUACCAACACCCACUUCCUUUUCUUUCUCCAGAAUCAGUCUUUCUUGCAUUAACUGUUAUCCUCAAAGUCACACACUUUGGUAAUCUAAACGUUUUGUUCAGAAGGAGAGCUCAUGGCGUUGUGAAGGCAUCAGCUCGUGUUGAUAAGUUUUCCAAAAGUGAUAUCAUUGUCUCUCCUUCGAUUCUCUCUGCCAAUUUCGCCAAACUAGGAGAGCAGGUAAAAGCAGUAGAGUUGGCAGGUUGUGAUUGGAUCCACGUUGAUGUGAUGGACGGUCGUUUUGUUCCAAACAUCACAAUCGGACCUCUUGUGGUUGAUGUUUAGCGCCAUGUGACUGAUCUUCCCUUGGAUGUUCAUCUUAUGAUAGUGGAGCCGGAUCAGAGGGUGCCAGACUUUAUCAAAGCCGGUGCAGAUAUAGUCAGUGUACAUUGUGAGCAGUCAUCAACCAUCCAUUUGCAUCGCACUGUCAAUCACUGA